UAGGAGGAUCCAUCCAUAAUUAUGAAAGAAAGAAAUAAAGGUUAUAAAUAUUCCUACAAAUCAAGUCCUCCUAUUUUCUCGAUUCUCGGCGCAGGCAAAAAAUGGUGGUGUCUCGGCGAUUUGCUCAAGUCUCGAGCGACGAAGAAGACGAUGUCCCUGCGAGGAGGGCCAAGGUACGGAACUCGAGGAGCCCUGAGGAAGCAACGGAGGGGAAGCGGAGGAAGCGUAAGACGGUGAAGCUUUACGAAGAUUUCGAAGACGAUGUGGAAGAGGAGGAAGAAGAAGAAGAAGAAGAGAGGCCCGAAGACGCGAAUCCGGUUGGUGAAUCGGUUAAGGUUACGGGUAAAGGCAAAGGGCGAAGAACCCACUUCGAGCAAUUCGAGUAUGACGGCAACAGAUACAAACUGGAGGACCCGGUGCUGUUGGUUCCAGAAGACAAAAGUCAAAAGCCAUAUGUUGCCAUUAUCAAGGAUAUCACCCAAACAAAAGAUGGAAGCAUGAUGAUUCUGGGACAGUGGUUUUACCGUCCAGAAGAAGCAGAGAAAAAGGGUGGCGGAAACUGGCAAUCAAGUGACACACGAGAACUCUUCUACAGUUUCCAUCGUGAUGAGGUGCCAGCAGAAUCCGUUAUGCACAGAUGCGUGGUCUAUUUCGUUCCAGCCCACAAGCAACUUCCCAAACGCAAAGUCAACCCUGGUUUCAUCGUACGGAAGGUGUAUGAUACCGUUGAGAAGAAGCUCUGGAAGCUGACUGAUAAGGACUAUGAAGACACAAAGCAGCAUGAGAUCGACCUCCUCGUCGAAAAGUCGAUGGCCCGACUGGGCGAUCUUCCUGACCUUGAACCUGAGGAAGUCCAUGCUGAUCUGGAGAAUCUGUUGAAGACUAAAAGAUCUUUCCGGAAAGUGAGCUUGGCUCCUGUUGAUGUCAAAAAGGAGGAAGAUGCAUAUUUAAAGCCUGAGACACCUGGAAGCGCUGCUAUUUCAUCAGAGUAUCAUUCUGUCUUACAGAAGUUUGAUUCGCUGACUGGUGAUGCUCAUCGCGACAAGUGGUUGUCGAAACUUCUGGAAGCUGUUCAGAACAUAUGCUAUACCGCUGAGAACAAACAAGAUGGCGAUGAAGCAAAGGUGGCUGAUAAUGGAUCUCACAAAAAUAUGUCAAAGGAUGAGAGUUUCCUCUGGCCAGAUGCUGCUGUUCCUCCGGUGUGUGCUCUUGAGCUGGCCUUACAUGCUUCUCUUGCAUCGGAUUAUGUUAAGUAUAAUCAGAAGAUGAGAACAUUGGUUUUCAAUCUAAAGAACACUGCUCUGCUGGCUAGACGAUUACUCAAUGGCGAGUUAGAACCUGCAAAGAUUUUGAACAUGUCACCCACCGAGCUAAAGGAGGGUCUAACUGCUGAGGAAACAGAGAAGAAGGAGCCUGAUGAUGCGGAACGAAUGCAGAUGACUGAUGCAAGAUGCCCGAGAUGCAGUGAAAUUAAAGUUGGUCUGAGGGAUAUCAUCCAAGCUGGGCAUGGAGAUCGCUACGAGCUGGAGUGUAUUGCAUGUGGACAUUCUUGGUACGCCUCGAGGGAUGAGGUGUCAACUCUGACUAUUGACACUGCAAAACCUGCCAAAGGAAAAGAGAGUGAGGUGGUAGAUAAGAAUUUGACCAGUCCUCGUGAAGGUGAGAAGAAAGCGACAGAAGAGUCCUUGAAGAUUAUCAAUGUCUCCAGUGCUAACAACAACCCUGUAGCCACCAAGAAACCAGAGUAAAUUAGUAUGUUAAGGGUUUUCAACUUUCAACAGGAUGCUUAUGAUUUGGAGUAUAAAUUGAACUUGGUUUCAUUAUAACAUAUGAUUAACCGUAUAGUUAAGUUUGGUAAAGCUUAUGCAUGACAAUAAAACCAAGACUUGGGUUAUUGGCAUGUAACGAUUGUCUAUGAAACCUUCUCAUGUGUACUAAGCUCAUGGGUCCUCUCUUUGAUUUGUCAA